ACUCUCUUUAACCUCUUCACUCUCUUGUCUUGAAAUUUCACUCAGCAUGUUCCCCUCUCUCUCCUCUCACUCUCUCUCUACAAACCCAAACCCUAACCCUAACUCUCUCCAAUGUCAAAACCCACCUCCCCCAAUUUAUCAUUGCCCACUUCCCAUUUUACCCCCCCAACUUUCCCAAAUUUACACUUGUCACCCUUUUCCUCCAAAAUCAAGAAAACCCCGUUGAGGAAAAUCCUCUCUUCUCAGACCCCAAGCCCCCCUUCUUCAGAGCAGAGAUUUGAUAUUGUUAACAUUCUUCUUGCGAUACCCAAUUGGGCUGACAAGAAUCAAGAAAGGCGAAUGAAGACCAAGAGAUUGCUGUAUAAGCCUGAGGACUGGGUGCAACAUAGGAGUUCUUUGAGGCACAUUAGGCAUUUGCUGUCGAGUUUGAAUUCCAGGGUGGUUUUGUCAUUGGUUCCGCCUGUGAUUGCGUUUACUUCGGUUGCAAUUGUGGUUGCUAGUUACAAUUCUGCGGUUUUGUUGCAUUGGUUGCCUGAGGUUUUCCCUGUUUUGAGGGCUUCUUCUUUGCCUUAUCAGUUGACUGCACCUGCGUUGGCGCUUUUGUUAGUGUUUAGGACUGAGGCUUCGUAUUCGAGGUAUGAAGAAGGGAGGAAGGCUUGGACUAAGGUCAUUUCUGGGACCAAUGAUUUUGCUAGGCAAGUCAUUUCUACUGUGGAUCUUUCUACUGAUGUGUUAGUCAAGAAUGCACUUUUGCAAUAUAUCAUGGCAUUUCCGGUUGCUCUUAAGUGUCAUGUGAUUCAUGGUUCUGACAUUGCACAAGAUCUCCAAACUUUGAUUGAGCCGGAAGAUCUCUCUGUGAUUGUCAGUUCAACGCAUCGUCCCCGUUGCAUUAUUGAUUUCAUCUCACAAACACUCCAGAUGCUAAACUUGGACGAGUCAAAGCUAACUGUGCUGGAAUCAAAGAUCUCUUGUUUUUAUGAAGGCAUUGGUAUCUGUGAACAGCUAAUUGGCAUUCCAAUUCCCCUAUCAUAUACUCGCUUGACCUCAAGGUUUUUGGUCCUUUGGCAUUUUUCACUUCCCAUUAUACUCUGGGAUGAUUGCAACUGGAUUGUUGUUCCUGCUACCUUUAUAAGCGCUGCUUCUUUGUUCUGCAUUGAGGAGGUUGGUGUUCUAAUUGAGGAGCCUUUCCCGAUGCUUCCUCUUGAUGAGCUGUUGGAUCUGUUACAGAACAAUAUCCAGGAAGCGAUGGAAAAUGAACUAAUGAUUCGCCAAAUUAUCACCAAAAGGAAAAAUCGCUCCAGGAAGCCUUCACCAAAUGGACAACCGACCACUUAGGUGUUUGGUAAGAAGAUUAGCACAGCAGGUCAGCAGCUACGUAAAAGAUUGGCUGCUCACGGUUUGUACUGGAGCCGGGGCAAGGAGCUGGAAGUCGGCCAUGAUAAAUACUUUUGGUAGUGACAAGAGCACAUAAGAAAAUUGUAAAGAUGAACUGCAUUUCUGUAAAGGGUGUCAACCUGUUGUGACUAAUGUAUAUAUAAAAAUCAAAAUCUUGUCA